UUCAUUGUGCUAAUAACACGAAAAUAUUAAUUUGAUGACAAAGAAUUUGCUUUGCAUAAUCAAUUUGUUUCUUCAAAAUUAAAGACUUUUUUCGCAAAUGUAUGUAUAUUUUUGUAUGUGCAAAAUUUUCUUUUGUUUCUAGCAUAUAUUGUUUAGGGAUCACUAGCAAUAUUAAUCGAUAAUUACAGACUCAUAUCUUUAAUUUUUUUCAUAAAGGUCAUUGAAAAAGUUGAUAAAGUCAUGUAUGAACAAACUAUAAACAAAUAUUAUACUAAUCUCGAAUAUCAUUUUGUCACUAAAGAAGAAGCAUUAAUAGUAAUACAUAAUUUAUCCAAACAAAUAAAAGAAAAGGAUGUUAAUUUAUCACACAGAUUCUUUGAUACAGCACUUAUAAUAGGAACACAUUUACUUUAUUUUGUACCUAUUUGUAAACAUAUAGAUGUAGUUGUUGCUAUUAUCGAAUAUUUACAAUAUUAUGGUGGUCAAUUUGUGUUUAAUCAAGAAUAUGACAAGGCAGAGUAUGCAUAUAAGGAACAUUAUAUACCUAUAUCAUUAAUGCUUACAGUUUUUAAUAUGUGUAGAGAAGAAGCAAUUAUUUUAUUUUUGCAACGCGCUAUUAUAGAUGAUUCAGCAUUAUUUAUGAGCGAAAUUUUUUUAUCAGAAAAAUGA